AUGUUCACAUGCCAAACACUUUUGGCCUGUGACACCGCCUCCGGACUUCCUCCGUCGCCUCCACCGCCGUCGCCACCGCAAGGCUGCUCGAGCACUCGCUCCUCUCGAAGUUCGCCCAGUGGACAGUCACAACAGCCGUCUUCACCCACGGGCAGUCCUCCGUCCCCCUCAUCACCGGUAAUGUCAUCGCCAGCGUCCCCUCCCGAUAAGGAGACACUGAGGCUCCUGCUCCCCCUCCGAUACGAUGGAAAAACCAUCAUUGAGUGCGACCGGUUCCUAUCCCAACUCCGCAUAUACUGGCUGGUCAAUACGUCAUUGGCUACCAUCGAGCUCAAGGUACAGGUCGCUUUGAGCCUCCUUGACGGCGACGCUCGCACCUGGGCUACCCCCUUCUUCGCCCAGCUCGUAUCGGUACAGUUAGGUACCCAAGGAGUCACGACCCCCUUCGCAAACGAGGCAGCCUUUGCCACCGCGCUCAAGGCCCGCUUCGGCAAUCUCGACGACGAAGCUGCAGCACAGGUAGAGCUGGCCAAACUCUGUGCUGACAAAUCAGUAUGCGAAAAAUGCACUGCUGCGGAGUUCUCCGCACUAUUCAAGGGUCCGGCGGACCGCCCCGGGUAUGGAGACCUGGAACUCCGCGACAAGUACCUGAGCGGCAUCCCCUCUCGCGUGUACCGCAAAAUCGAGCUUGAGACGUUUACACAUGGGAAGAUGCUGACAACUCGAGGAGGUGGACAAGGUGGAGCGUGCGGUGGUGCACCCCAAUCGCACGGAGCUUUGGCCAGCAUCAACGCAGCCGUCGGAAAAGGAGACUUCCCUGGCAGUUGCUUUGGCUACGGGAAGCAAGGGUACCGUCGCUUCGAGUGCCCCAACUGUAAGGACAAACCUUACACCAAGCGUGCUGAUGCAUGGGCUACGGUUGCCUCGGGUUCUACCCAGGCCGCAACAAGCACCCCUGUCACGACAUCACCCUCGGCAAGUACAAGUGCCGCUUCAGCGAGUCCAGAGAAAUCUGAGAUGCUGGCGGCCUUAAUGGCACAGGUGAAGUCGAUGCGCGAGGAGUUGGAGCACUAUCAGGCGAUGAAGGAGGAGUCUUUUUGA